AUGAGCACCAACGCCAUUUUCUUAGCAGUGCUCGGUUUCAUUUGCUUCUUCACUGAAAGUGACGCAAGCCCGCACCAUCCACACCACUAUGAUUCCGGCCACGGCGAACAUGGUGCUGGCCACCAUGGACACCACCAUGAAUCCGAGUACGGCGAUGGCAAUACCAGAGGCUUUGACAAAGGGGGUCUUGGCGACUACGGUAGUCACAAAUACGGAGGAUGGGGAGGUUUCGCCAAGGGGAAAAGCUAUGGAUCACACUAUGGAUCUACUUGGGGUGACGACUUCGGUAAGGGACAUCACGACAAGGAGCACCAUGGAGGCGGUUUCGAGUAUCACGACGGCGAUCAUGACCAUGGACAUCAUGGACAUGAUCACGACCAUGAUCAUCACCCUCAUGCACACCAUGGCCAUGGACACCAUCAUGGGGAUCAUCACGAUUAUGGACACCAUCAUGACUUCGAUCACCCUUAUGGACAUGAUCAUCAUCACCACGACCACGACCAUGACGGUCACGGACACCAUGGUCACGGACACCAUCAUGACUUCGACCACGAUCAUCACCCUUAUGGACAUGAUCAUCAUCAUCACGACCACGAUCAUGACGGUUAUGGACACCAUGGUCAUGGGCACCAUCAUGGUGAUCAUCACGAUCAUGGACACCACCACGACUUCGACCACGAUCAUCAUGGUCACGGACACGACCACCAUGGGCCUUUUGAUGAUUACGGCCACGACUUCGAUCACCACGACGAUCAUCAUGGUAUGAUUUUUCGUCCUCACUGUAGAAACAGUUAA